CGCCAUCGCUCUGAAACGCACCCACAAGCAAACAAAAAGAGAGGCUAAACACAUCAAAAUCUUUUUAGACGACAACAGGAACACAGUCCCCAAGCAAAGAUGGGACCCGGAUUGUUCUGGAACUUUCCAUCCAAGACUAGCUGCACGGUUCCACAGAGCCUGCUGCAGACAAUGUUGCUCUCCAGGAUGGCUGCCAUGAAGGAUCAGCAAUUCACUGAGGAGAAACCGCUACUGCCAGAAUCCAGGGGACAGGAAACAGAGAUGGCUAAAGGACAGUGUGUGCACGUGCCGCUGCCCUGUGCUACGCCCUCCCCCCACACGGCUCGCCCCCCAAAACGCUGGCAUGCCAUCGCCCGACACUGGCUCGGCCUGACGCGCCGUCGGACCAGCGGGUACUUCCCGGAAAACUGCGAUACCUUUGUGGCGACAGGAGGCUGGAAGGAACAUGACAUUGAAACCCCUUAUGGGAUGUUGCAUGUGGUGAUCCGCGGGGCUCCCAAGGGCAACAAGCCAGCUAUCCUUACCUACCAUGAUGUUGGGCUCAACCACAAGCUGUGCUUCAACACCUUCUUCCACAAUGAAGAUAUGCAGGAGAUCACUAAGCAUUUUGUGGUGUGCCACGUGGACGCCCCAGGCCAGCACAUUGGUGCCCCCCAGAUGCCACAAGGGUAUCAGUAUCCCACCAUGGACCAGCUAGCUGGGAUGCUUCCCAGUGUGGUGCAACAUUUUGGCUUCAAGAGCAUUGUGGGAAUUGGAGUCGGGGCUGGUGCCUACAUCCUCGCCAAAUUUGCCCUGAUUUUCCCUGAUCUUGUGGAGGGUCUGGUUCUACUCAACAUUGACCCCAAUGGGAAAGGAUGGAUCGACUGGGCUGCGACAAAAUUGUCUGGACUCACCAGUGCUUUACCAGACACUGUCCUGGCCCAUCUCUUCAGCCAGGAAGAGCUUAUGAACAACACGGAAAUUGUGCAAAACUACCGCCAACAGAUCAAUAACACCGUCAACCAGUUUAACCUACAGCUCUUCUGGAAUAUGUACAACAGCCGCAGGGAUUUGGAAAUGAACCGCAGUGGCUCUGUGCUAAAUGCUAAGACCCUGAGUUGCCCGGCCAUGCUGGUCGUUGGUGAUAAUGCUCCGGCUGAGGAAGGCGUGGUUGAGUGCAACUCAAAGCUGGAUCCAACCAACACCACAUUCCUGAAGAUGGCUGAUUCAGGCGGAAUGCCUCAGAUUACACAGCCUGGCAAACUAACAGAGGCUUUCAAGUACUUCCUGCAGGGAAUGGGCUACAUUGCUUAUGUGAAGGAUCGGAGAAUGAGUGGGGGGCCAGUGCCUUCGGCCAGUAUGACCCGUCUCGUUCGCUCUCGAACAGCUUCUCUGACCAGCGCCGGCUCCGUGGAUGGUUCUCGCAACCGUGCAUGCACAAACUCAGAUAGCAGUGAGGGAGUUGGGCAGGUCAGCCACACCAUGGAAGUGUCCUGCUGAACCUUGGCACUGUCUCACACACACACAUUUAGAGAGACGUGGCAUGGAAGGAAAGCGUGAGAAGAAUGAAGGUCUCAUACUGCUCUCAUUCUUUCUUUCUCAGUCCCUUUCUCUCAGUGUUUCAGUGUUAGCACUCAUAAAGGAUUAGUUCAUCCAGAAAUGAAAAAUACUUUGAUUAUUUAAUCACCCAGAAGUCUUCAAAACCUGUCUGACUUUUAUUUCUUUUGUAGAACACAAAACGAUAUAUAGUGCAAGCUACUAUUUUCGAUAUAAUGAAAGUGAAUCGUUACCACAUCUUCUUUGCGACUAUUUUUUUUUGUGAAUUGGCUUCAGAAGACUUGACAGGUCAAAUACACCACCUUUAUGAUGCUUGCAUUGUGCUUUGUCGCUUUAGGAGCACAACACUUGGUCCCCAUCCGCUUCCAUUGAAUGGAAAAGAGCAGCUUGGGCAUUCUACUAAACAUCUGCUUUUGUGUUCCACAGAAUAAAGAAAGACAUAGAUAAAAGGUUUUUAUUUUGAGUUGAACUUUUCCUUUAACCUGUAAAAAUUAAGACUUGCUGUCAUUUUUCUCUUUAAAACAGUGUUUGGUUUCUCCCCAUUUUGUAACACGGAUUCUUAACGCUCAAUGUGUCAGUGUUUCUGCACCCUUCGCUGGCUGCCUCCGGCCUUGACCUUUCUCCUAAGACAAAACUACAAGUCCCAUCAGCCCCUGCUCUCACUCAUUCCUGUCCUAUGACAGUCUUUGAGGAGUAACUGAUGGGUUGGUCCUGAGGAAGAGGACGAAAUAAAGCAAGGGAAAGAAGAAGGGAAGGUUCGUAAACCAGAGGGUGACAUUUGUAACCAUGUUAUGCUCUCCCUCUCAAAUAUGAACGAAAUCAAAGCCAUUGUAUAGUCAAAGAGGGCAAAAAUCUCAGAAAAACAGUUGCUUUCGGCUAAUCGUCUCAGCUCAUUCAGUCAUCGGCAGUGUAUGUAUCACCUCAUACUGUAAGGAACACGUUUUAUUUGCAUUAUUCAAGCUAAAUAUGUAAAUGAAGUAUGAAAAACAGGUUUUCCCCAUUAAAGUAGGAGCAGAAGUUGUAUGACUGAUUCGCCAUGUUAGACUGCUUAUUUUUUCAAGUAUUACAUCAUAAAGGUCAAUGGUCCCACACAAAUACCCUUUUAGUGUGCACUCACUGUCAUAUAAAAGGGAUCGUUUCUGUAAAAUCUCCUUUUUAUAGACAAUCAGCUUCUAACCCAAACCAAUCUGUGUGAUAGGGUUUUCAGUGCGUUAAUGGUACAGAAUCAAGACCUCCCGCUUCCCUUACAGCACCCAGCCCCGCACAAAGAAUAUACCAAAGCUACUGAUAGAAAUGCACUCACAAAUGUACACAUACAUUUUCCAAUGAGGGCUGGGCUCUGCAAGGUAACAGCUUUUGUUUGCAAGCUUGUUUCAUAAUUUAGAUUAUUAGUUUAGUUAUUUUUUUGUGCUAUUUUACUUCUCAAUUGACCUUUUCACACGGCUCUUAGUCAACAUAGUUGGGUAAAUUAUAGUUGUGAAUGGAAACUUCAACAAAUAACUGUUUUUGCAUUUCACUUGACUCUAAUAGCAAAAAAUAAAUAAAAAUAGCAUUUGUAGCAAAAAAAAAGAGAGAUUGAUUACAGAGGUCAGAACAAAGAUAUUUUCCAUCACUCCAUCAGCCGUUGUAGAAACACUCGUACAUCAGCAUUACCUAGCUUUCUGAAAUUGAAUGCCAAGCAAUAUAACACAAAGUAUAGUGUUAUAACAUGAAAUAUUUUUACGAUUUUUGAUGUUGAUAAUUGUGGGACGUGCUAUCUCAGUCUGUGAUAAAGGUCCAUUAUUGGAAAGAUGUGUUGUUGUUGAUGUACAGUAUGUGUACAAACCGCACACAAUAAUCAGAAAAAAGCACCAACAUUCACAUGAAUGAAUGAGCAAAUCAGCGGACAAACUAAAUUAAAGGGUUAAAUAAAUGAUUAAACAAAUAAAUGAAUGAAAUUGAAUUAACUUCCGGAGGUGACCGACAUGAGCUCAGAUCUGAUUGGCCGGAGCUGCUAACAUGGGACUUACGAGGGCGAAGCAACCAUUGACUUUCCAUUUCACACUCGCUCUUAUUGAAUGUCAGUUUUCCUGCAGCUUCCUCAAACAGGAAGUGCACAAUUACAACUUUUCAGGGGUGUUUCCUGUGUGUUUGUCUGUAAGGGGCGGGGCUUUCUGGAGCAUGUCGCUCCAAGCUCGGAAUGUAGGGCAAAUCCCACCCCCCAACAAACCCAACCCCCAAAACAAGGUGCCCCGCCCCUCACAGACACUUCCAGUCGCCCCCAAAGGGCUAUCGACCCAACGCAUCGUGAUCGACCUCACUCCGUGCAAAGCUGGGCGCAGCACUGUAGAUACUGUACAAAGAGAAAGAUGAAUGCAUGAAACGGAAUAAAUGUGUAAAAUUAGAUGAGAGGGAGAGAUGGUACGAAAAGACCCGUGGAGGGUGUUCAAAGCGGGAGGGGUUAAAGACAAAUUCAAAAUAGACAGAUUUCCUCCUAAAGACUCAAUAGACAAACACAUGUUCUUCCUCAGUAUUGAUUUGCAUGCGUUUUGAUGAGUUUGUCCUGAUUUCCUGUUUGAAGUAUGCAGUCGUUAGCUCUUAUUAAGAGAGCAUGCCCACCUUUCAAAGGUACAUGUUUUUUCUCCGAUCCCUGAUCUCUGCCCGGGGGCCCUGAAUGUAUAAUGUCCUUUGGAAGUGCUGUACAGUAUUGUCGAUGUGGCCCCGUAUCACCUUUACUCGAAUCAGGGCUUGCACCAGUUUGACCUGCCACACCUGCCUUCCCUUUCAACCCUUCCCUUCUCAGUCUAUCUUCUGCGCUGUAGAUACUUGCUGUUUUUAGGGCGUAAAUCUAAAAAUGGGUCUGUACCACUAGCUUUGUCAUGUGGAAUUGUUAUACUUUUGAUUUUCCUUGAGUUCCUUUUUUUUAUAAUAUAGUCAUUCUUAUUUAACCACGUGUUGCAUCUCUUCUUGUGAGAAUUCAAUGAGUAUUAUUAUUAAUAUGAUUACAAUUGUUACGAUUAGCCAUUGUUUUGUAUUAAGCAAUAAGUUGUUGAUGUUUUUUUUUCUGGAAGGGGGAUGGUUGUUACAGGGAUGGUUGUUACAAAUAUGUCUAAAGAAACAGUAGGAGUCACUCUUAACCUGCUUUACCAUAAGACAACUAUGAAAAAUAAUGUGUUUAUGUAAUAUGUACAUCUAUAUACAAGCUGUCACUGUCUGUGUACUACAAAUAUGAACGUGCAACAAAUAAAAAUGGAUGUACAAACAGGA